UACCAUCAAAACCUAACCCAGUGUCCAUUCAGUAAUGCCCUUCCUCAUUCAUGUUCAUGUUAAAAUCCUUUUGUGCAUUUUUGUGUGUCCACUAACUGUUGGCUUUUGCUGAGAGAAGGGAGAAUGAAGGAGUGAGGUAGGGACGAUUAUGGAGGAGGUCUGGGGGAUGUGGGCAGCAUUUGAAGAAGAGGAAUGUCAGUAGCUUGGAAACACACGCACAUGCAGACGCAUUAACGCACACACACACAAGCGCCUAAGGGUUUCAAUUGGAAAUUUAAGAGAAGUUAUCUCCAUUCCGGCUAAACUGGAUAACAAAUGUCACCAGCUGUCUCUAUGGCUCUCAAGUACCUCGCUGUGUUGCUGCUGGUGUGUGUUUUCGACUCAGCCUCAGCGACUGUUGUAGCCGACUUGGACACAGACUAUGGAGGUGUCCCUGUGCGGAUCAGCCGUCUUCUUGGUGAGCCUAGUGUACGUCUGCAGGGACGGAUGGACGCAGCCUGGUUUCGAGCCAACAACCCCCAGGCCUGCCCUCAGCAGUGUGACUGCCCCAUCCAAUGGCCCACGGCGCUCUACUGUGACCACAAAGGCCUGGCGGACAUCCCUGACAGCCUGCCAAACAGAACUCAAUACCUUUUUCUUCAGGCCAACAACAUCUCGUCCUUGUCUUCCUCUUUUCUGACCAAACUUACUGCUCUACGCUGGCUCAUCCUGGACCACAAUCAACUGCAGGAACUGGUCGCGCUGCAGACACAGACCCAGAUGUACUACUUUUUUGCCAACCACAACCACCUGCGAUCGGUGCCAAGCACUCUACCUGCUGGACUCAAGGAGUUGCGACUGGCCCACAACCAAAUUAGCAGCAUCAGUCCUGGAGCUUUCCAGAACCUGCAGAACUUGACACUGUUGCUGCUGCAGGGAAACAGACUGCAAACCAUCGUGGAGGGAGACCUCAAAGGUCUUUUGAGUCUGCACCUGCUGGACCUAAGUGGGAAUCUGUUCUUGGCUGUCCCCAGAAAUUUACCCCCUUCUGUCCAGCAGCUCUAUAUGUCCAAUAACACUCUCAUCGGGCUGGAUGAAGACAGUUUAAGGGGAUUUCUCAAACUCAAGUAUCUUCGGCUAAGUCACUGUGGUCUUCAGAGCAGCAAUGUCUACCAGCAAGUCUUCAACUUCACCAGCUUGGUGGAACUGGACCUUUCUCAUAACAAACUUAAAACUAUUCCCACAGUCGCCACCACUCUGCAGUACCUCUACCUGGAGGCCAAUGAAAUACAAGAUUUCAAUGUGAACAGUUUCUGCAGACAUUGGGGACCUCUGUCCUACUCCAGGAUGAAGAUCUUACGAUUGGAGGGAAACAAAAUAUCCUACCAACAGCUGCCAUCCAACUGGGUCUUUUGCCUGCGAGUGCUAGAAAGUAUUUAUAUUUGAUCCACUUUUUAAGUAUGCCAUAUUCAAUAUGCAAUAUGAAGAUUUCUGUUAACUUCACUUGUCAAACAGCUCACGGCUACAGCUUUAAGAAUGAAUUACGUCAAUAUGUAGAAAGACACCCAGGCACUAAAGGGGAAACCCACCUUCAAAAGAUGCCAAAGCAUGAUUUCCGCACUAAAUCAGAGUUAUAAUCAUAACACCAAAAGUCUUGAUGAAAACAUCUGUCUCUUUCUCCGUCUCCAUCUCUCUCUCUCUCAUCCCAUCUUUUCCAAGUUUUGCCUUACUAGGGUUAAACAUCUGUGUUUUAUUACCAAAUAGGAACUGUGACAAACCCUCUCUGAUGUGCUUUGGUUAAACUGAGCUCUGUUAGGCAAAAAAGGAAACAUUUGAAAGGCAAAAUUAAGUAGCUUUAACCAAAACCAAGGCUGAUCCUCACAUUGAAUAUAAAAAUGUUCUGACAAAGCAAUUGAAGAUGCCAUUUACAAAAAUAGUAUUGUCCUAAAAUGCAGAAGUAUUUUUUGGAAACAUUACUGUAUAUUCCCAAAAAUAAUAAGCACCCCAGAUGGUGUGCACACUUCCCUUGCACUCAUUCUGCAUCUACAAUCCACAAGCUGCUCUCUUGACAGCUGUGAGUACUAACAAUAGCCACGUUGUUACUAUUCAUGCCAAGUUCACAGAAAUUGGAAUAAACAAAUACUGAAAGGACAGAUCCCUCUUCCAGCAGCAGAUGUUUCUGUUUUGAACCACUUCGUUUGCUUGACAUUUAACUUCAUGUAGCAUUAAAGAACCCUAGAGGACGUA